AUGGAUUCAAGUAUUUUGAGGCGUGGAAGGCCAAGUUGGCAUUCUUUGCCAGAUAUUGGAUUAGCAGCAAUAAAUGAUGGUUUAUUACUUGAUUGUGGUAUUAAUAAAAUUAUUCAAAAAGAAAUUCCUAGUCAUCCCAGAAAAAAUGCAAUAUUGAGGGAAAUUGCUACAGCAAAACAAAAGACAGUUAUUGGUCAAAUGCUGGAUAUGACAACAACAGAUUUGUCACAAUUCACUUGGUCGAGAUACUCUUCAAUUGUAAAACACAAAACUAGUCAUUAUUCCUACUUGCUCCCAUUAAAUAUUGGAAUGCAUUUGGCAGAUUAUACAACACCCCAUCAAGUACAAUUGAGACAAAUAGCAUAUGAUUUGGGUUAUUUAUUUCAAGCACAAGACGAUUAUCUUGAUUGUUUUGGAGAUCCUUCAAUUACUGGGAAAUCAAAUUUGGUCGAUUUGGCAGAAGGAAAAUGUACUUGGGUAACAUGUGCUCUAAUUGAAAAAUUGGAAAAAAGUAAUAAAUCUGUUGAAUUGGACAAUUUUAAAAAGAAUUUUUCGACUAAAGAUGAAAACAAAUUAAUUAUUGCAAGAAAUAUUAUUGUUGAACAGGGGAUUGAAGAGGAGUGUCUGAAAUUUCAGAAGCAAAAAGUAUCCGAACUCCAUGAAGAUAUAAUGUCCUACCCAAUAGAACCUAUUCGAAAUGUACUGGAACUGACACUUGAUGAAAUGACUGGACGGCAAAAAUGACGUGAGAAUUUUUUUUAUAAAUUUGUGCAAAAGAAAAGUGUCAGUGUGAUCUAUUUUGGAUCUAUACUCGAGUUUUUAAUUACCAAAAAAAAUUUAUUAAUUUAUUCAGACAAAGAAAUUUUUUGUAAUUUACGCUUUAAAGAUUAUAAAGUUU